AUAGGUGGAUAUAAGGAUGACUGCAAAUUAGUAAAAGGGAAAUAAAAAGUCCUUAUUUGAAUAAUAACAUUAAAUAUUGCAAAACUUUAAAAGAAAAUAUCAAACGACAUUAAUUUAAUAACCGUUAUCAGAAAACGAAACCUGUGCUUAUAAAGAAAAAAAAACAAGGCGGCCAUUUUGUUAAUACAGUCACAUGACGUUUAAUUAACAAAACUAGUAAAAAACGCGGCAAAAUUAUGAAAUACAUAUGUUUUAACAUGUAUUAUAAGCAAGUAUUGCAAGUUAAGAUUCCGAUUGUACUGAAAACAAAUUGAGACAUGUCACCUUAUGUACGCCUUGCGUACUGAAUAGUUAAACGAAAAUCGUUACGCAGAUAUGAGUCUGUGUAUAUUUAAGAUGGUGGAGUUUUUUAUAUUAUUUUGUAUCCUGCUACACACAACGCAAAGCGCUUUAGACUACGAAGAAAAUGACGAACCGGAGUCUAAUCAAUACGAGCGACCAAAUAAACACAGAUACGACCAAAUGCUGUCAAACCUCCACGACCUAUUCGAGGAAAAGACAAACAACUUCGUUGACAAUAUAGGUACAAACCAAGAAAAUAACUUUGAAUUCGUACGAGCUAACAAGGAAUCGAAUAAAGAGAAAGUAGAUGAAGUUUUAGGCGAAGUAACCAAUGCUUUAGACAAAAUAAAAACUGAUCUACUUAGAUUCAACAGCGACGGUAUCCUUACCGUUGAAGUUCCAAUCAUUAAAAACGAAAGGAGAUACAGGAGAGACCUAGCAGAUGAAACCACUGCAAAUACAACUGGCACUGAAAAUUCAACAUUACUAAGAACCGCCGAAACGACUACAGUUAAAAUCGACGUUGUAACUGAAGAGACGGUUACGGAGAAACCUGAAGAGAAACUAGAAGUUUUGAGGGUUAAUAAUGAAACUGAAGAUAUAAGUGGCAGAAGAAUGAUGCCUGAAAGAAGAACGUCUAGAGUAAAAGACAAAUUACUCUCCUAUUUAGAAGACAUUUUUAAUGACGUUGAGAGGAAGAUUAGACCGUUGACAAAUAUAAAGAUUGCUCUAUCCAAUGACGAUCAUUAUAGGAUAGGGUAUAUUAUAGCUACUCUAGACACUUUGGAGGUCAAUUUGAAGAAGAUGAGGAGUGAUAUGAGGUUACACCAUCAUUAUUGGGAUGACGAGAAAGUCUUGGACUUGUUUGAUAGAAUUAAAGCUACUAAUGCAGUCGCGACCAGUCUUAUUGAGUCGCUUAAAAAGUAUUUACCGAAAUAUUAAUUAGGGUAAUAAACGAUUAAGAUACA